AUGACGACGAGCGACUUGUCAGCUUCGUGCAAACCCUUCGGUGUCUCUAAAGUCAUCUCACAAUCCGUAUAUGAAGAAUUUUACAAUCAGGGAGACGAGGAGCGCGCUCUCGGCUACACUCCGCUAAGCAUGAUGGACCGAAGCCGGAGUCUGAACCAACCGGCCGAACAGAUACAGUUUCUCUCGGUCGUGGUCAUCCCUUGCCUCGUGAUGGUUCAGAACAUAUUUCCUAACACUAACCCUCUUCUGGACAACUGCAGGAAAACUCAAGAGGCGUGGCGGGAGGAGAUUGAAAUUCGCGGCCAAAAGUUAUGGCGUCAAAGCGAGUCAGUACCGCGGCCGAGCCGAAACCACUUUCAGGCGACUGACUGA